AUGAAGAGGUCGUUCCAGGAGGAUGACCACAGGACUUAUCCGCCGGCUAUUGAUGGGCAAUCCACCACUCAGACGGGUGGACCAAGCAGAUCAAUAGGCCAGCGCCAGAGGCGUAAUUCUCGAACGACAAAUGCUUGCGAACAGUGCCAACGACGCAAGACUAAGUGUUCAGGUCAACCUAGUCCUUGUGAAGCAUGUGAAAAAGCCGAACUGAUAUGUCAAUUCGAAACCAAGCCCCAUGUACGAAGCCGUUUAAGGAUCACAUAUUCUGCUGAGGACGAGAGAUUGCAAUAUCUUCUCAACGGAGUUCUCAAUGCGCUCAAACACAACGAUGAUCAAAGCCUUAACAGAUUAAUAGAGGCUCUCCAGCAAGAUCGUCCUCCACAGGAAAUCGCCAUGCAUUUAAGACACAAUCUGGAUGUCUUGCAGAACCAAGGUCAUAUACCAAAGAGAGACGUCGACGACGAAGAUCUUCUCGCAUUGGCUUCUCGUCUCGAUACUGAAAACAGGUCUAGCCAGGCAACAUCUGAAGUGGACACAAAUACCGAAGCGAACCUCUCGUUAACAGAAAGCCCCCGAGCUUCGCGUGCAGGUUCGCAUGGACAACGUCAGGUCCAGGUCGAGCCCGGUGACGAUCUUACGAGAAACGACUAUCUCCCGUGGAAUGACAUAAGUGUAUCUGGACAUCAAUGGAAUAAUGACGCUGUGUCUAUGCCAGCCACUGCUUUCGCAUCACAUAACGCAAGCAUGGCUACGUGGCUUCAGCAACAACAGCUGGCCACACCGAAACCCGAUACAUCUCUUGACCAACACUCUGCUUCAACGAGUAUAUUGAGUGUCGAUCCUGUGCUAUUGUAUGCAAGAUAUCCUUCGAACGAUCACCUAAGUCGAGCAACUCUACCCACUCAAGAUGGCUCAAUUUUCCUGACACAACAGACGCAGUACGGCAGAAGAUGGGAGGCGCCUUCUCGAGCUCCGUUAGGUGUACAGAGUGGUGCAGCUCAUAUGCAGACUUGGUCACAACCCCUUGCUGUGCCCACUCCUGACCUCUAUCAACCGCAGUACAUGGCACAGCAGUCAGGGCCUCAAGGUACUAGUCCGCAACAAUUCCAGCAAGGAAUGGACACAGUACAAGACCCUAUAGAUGGAUCUUCUGCUAAUCUUCUGGAUGGAUCUUCUAAUGAGUACAGACACAAUCAGCAGCCUGCUGGAGCACAAGACAAUGAAUUGUGUCGACAGCAAUGA